UCUUCCUAAAAUUUGAUUUCAUAAAAACAAUACAAUGGUAGUACAUUGAAUUCUAACUUUCCAAGUAGUUCAUUAUAACUGGGCAAUGAGAAUAGAUAAAAGGAUUUGCUAACUCACGAGAAAAAGGAACAUGCGCCAUUUUGUGAUUACAAAGUAGACUUAUGUAGCAAGUUACUAGUAUAUUGGAAUUGGAUUUUGGCACAAUAUGCUUACUUUGUACUAGAACACCAUGCAGUCAUUCAAGUAUUGUAAUCACUAAUCAUCAUAAGAGAACUCUUCGUUACUAAUAAUCAUCCAUGGGAACGAUUCUCAUAAGACAACUCGAAAAUCGUUACAUCACCUCGUUGAAAAACUGCUUCAAAAUAACAGAACUGAAGAAAAUUCACGCUCACAUAGUAAAGCUUUCACUCUCACAAAGCAACUUUCUAGUCACAAAAAUGUUGAAUUCAUGCGACAACAUGGCCAACGUUGGUUAUGCUACCUUACUCUUCCAACAACUCCUUCACCCAAAUAUCUUCUCCUACAAUGCCAUCAUCAGAACCUACACACACAAUCGCCACUAUUCCUUAGCAAUCACUCGUUUCAUUGAAAUGCUAACACAAUCAACAAAAUCAGUUUUUCCAGACCAAUUCACGUUCCAGUUUGUGAUUAAAUCUUGCGCGGGGAUUCUUUGUCAGCGUCUUGGUAUGCAGGUUCAUGGGCUAGCUUUCAAAUUUGGGACUGAUUCGCAUUAUAUAACGGAGAAUGCAUUGAUUGGUAUGUAUAUGAAAUGUGGGGAUUUGACGAAUGCGUGUAAGGUGUUUGAUGAAAUGGGUUAUAGAGAUGUGGUUUCUUGGAAUAGUUUGAUAUUUGGGUAUGUGGAAUUGGGGCAGAUGAAGAGUGCAAGGAAAUUGUUUGAUGAAAUGCCUGUUAGGACAAUUGUGUCAUGGACAACUAUGAUAACUGGGUAUCGUAGAACAGAGUGCUAUGCUGAUGCAUUGGAUGUUUUUCGGGAGAUGCAAAUGGUGGGUAUUGAACCUGAUGAGAUUAGUAUUAUAGCUGUUUUGCCAGCUUGUGCACAGCUUGGAGCUCUUGAGGUUGGGAAAUGGAUUCACAAGUAUGCUGCGAAAAACAGGUUUUUGCAGAAGACUGGUAUAUGCAAUGCAUUGGUUGAAAUGUAUGCUAAGUGUGGUUGUAUUGAUGAAGCUCGGAGCUUGUUUGAUCAGUUGGUUGAGAAGGAUGUGAUUUCUUGGAGUACCAUGAUUGGAGGGUUAGCUAAUCAUGGAAAAGGUUACGAGGCAAUUCAACUUUUUGAAGAAAUGCGGAAGACGAGGGUAGCUCCUAAUGAGAUAACCUUUCUUGAUGUUUUGUUGGCUUGCUCUCAUGCAGGCUUGUGGGAUGAGGGGUUCAAAUAUUUUGAUGUAAUGCGGAUGGAUUAUCAUAUAGAGCCACAAAUUGAGCACUAUGGUUGCCUCGUUGAUCUACUUGGACGAUCGGGUUGCCUUGAUCAGGCUCUUGACACAAUAUUAAAAAUGCCAAUAAAGCCGGAUUCAAGGAUAUGGAACUCUUUGUUAAGCUCUUGUAGGAUUCAUCGCAAUCUUGAGAUUGCUUUAAUUGCAAUGCAGCAGCUCAUGGAUCUGGAUCCAGAGGAAUUUGGGAACUAUGUUUUGCUCGCGAACCUAUAUAAAGAACUUGGCAGGCUGGAAGAUGUAUCAAAUAUUAGAAUAUUCAUAAGAAACAAGAGGAUGAAGAAAACCCCGGGGAGUAGUUCGAUUGAGGUUAACAAUAUGGUUCAAGAAUUUGUAUCAGCUGACGUCUCAAAGCCAUUUUCACAAGAGGUCUUUCAGAUCCUAGAAGGGCUGGCUUUACACCAAACUAGAACCGAUGACUUAAUGUAACUUAUUGAAGAUGCUGAUAAAAGUUCACCAUAAACUGUGGUUGUGCUUGUGUAUUUGGCAUAUUGCUAGUGCUAUAGGCACUUUAGGCAUGAGUUUGGGAAUGUUGGGGGAUUCCAAAUCAGAGAAUAUGUUGCUAUCAAGGUGACUAUAAGCAUAAAGGAAUACCAUGAUGUAACAAUGCUGAAGGUUGAUGUGCUUCGACCUCUAGCAUAUAAUGAUGUGGGAAACUAACGGUACAAAAUUUGGUUGAUUACGAGAAUCACAUGCAUUGUAUCAGGGGUGCAGAAAAAUAUUUCAAGCUGUGAAUUGGGAUCACGACUAAGAUCGCAUAAAUGCAAAGAAGAAGCUUGGUUAUCUUAUGGGUAUUAUAUCACAUCAAGUAGAGUCCUCAAAAGUCCUCCUUUACUGACUUGUUACGUGGCUAUUAACAUAUAUGGUUCUGCGGAACGGACUAUUACUCGCCAACCCGUUGAUCAUCCCUUCUAUAGGAUUCCAGCCUAAGAAGCCAAAUGCCUUUUGUAGUAAAUGACUCCCAUUUAAAUGAUUAUCAGUUCCACAGGCUACAGUUUAGUCUUUAUUACUCAUUGCAGUUGCUCUAUUUUUCCCCUUCUGUUUAUUUUAUAUAUAAGUCGUUUUGCUCAGCUGAACUCAAUCCGGCUACCUGUGUCGAUUGGCAUUCCUUUUCUUUUUAAUCAAUUUCAA